CGCCGGCCUUUACGCUGUGCGUCUGACGUCACAGCGCACAGACGCCGCGAGAACGAGGGAGAAGGAGGAAGCAGCCUCUCCGCGCUCGCAGCCGCCAUUUUGUCUGUACGCGCAGGGCGGACACGGGAGUUCGCUCGCUUUCUGUUCCAAUUUUGUGCAUGUACCUGUUUGAACAAAGAAUUCCUGCACCUAACAUCCAGCAACAGAAGCUGUGGGAGAUGAGGCAUUCAAAGCAAUCUCAUUGUCCUGAGUGGGACGACAGGAGGAGCUGGGAUCAGAGGAAGCACAGUAGCAGCCGCAAACGCAGAAAGAGGUCCCACAGCAGUGGCCAAGAGAGCAAGCACUAUAAACCCAGUCGCAUUUCAGAAAGUCAUUAUUUGGACGAUAGAGCCAUAAAUGAAAGAGACCAUCAUGACCGGAGAUAUGUUGAGGAAUACAGAAAUGACUUCUGUGAAGUGUAUGACCACAGGCAUUAUCACAGAGACUAUGAAAAGAGUCACCAUCAUCACUAUAGCAAAUCCUCUGGUCGGAGCAGGAAAAGUAGUCAUAAAAGGAAGCAUAAGAGACAUCAUUGCUCCAGUCACCAAUCGCAUUCGAAGAGUCACCGAAGGAAAAGAUCCAGGAGUGUAGAGGAUGAUGAGGAGGGUCACCUGAUCUGUGAAAGUGGAGACGUUCUAAGAGCAAGAUAUGAAAUUGUUGCGACUUUAGGAGAAGGAGCUUUUGGAAAAGUAGUGGAGUGCAUAGAUCAUGAUAUGAGAGGAAUGCACGUAGCAGUUAAAAUAGUGAAAAAUGUUGGUCGAUACCGGGAGGCAGCCCGUUCAGAAAUACAGGUGUUGGAACACUUGAACAACAUGGAUCCAAGCAGCAAUUUCCGCUGUGUCCAGAUGCUGGAGUGGUUUGAUCACCAUGGCCACGUCUGUAUUGUUUUUGAGCUACUUGGGCUCAGUACUUAUGACUUUAUUAAGGAAAAUAGCUUUCUGCCGUUUCAUAUUAAUGACAUUAGGAACAUGGCCUAUCAAAUUUGCCAGUCUAUAAACUUUCUACACCAUAAUAAACUAACUCACACAGAUUUAAAGCCUGAAAAUAUCUUGUUUGUUGAGUCUGAUUACAUAGUGAAGUACAAUGCCAAAAUGAAACGAGAUGAACGCACUUUAAAAAACACGGACAUCAAAGUCGUUGAUUUUGGAAGUGCAACUUUCGAUGAUGAGCAUCAUAGCACAUUAGUGUCUACAAGACAUUAUAGAGCUCCUGAGGUUAUUUUAGCACUGGGAUGGUCUCAGCCAUGUGAUGUGUGGAGUAUUGGUUGCAUUCUGAUUGAGUAUUACCUGGGAUUUACAGUGUUUCAGACUCAUGAUAGUAAAGAACACCUGGCAAUGAUGGAAAGAAUACUGGGGCCUCUGCCCACUCACAUGAUCAAGAAAUCCAGAAAACAUUAUUUUCACCACGACCAGUUGGACUGGGACGAGCACAGCUCUGCAGGCCGGUACGUCAGGAGACGCUGUAAGCCUCUGAAGGAAUUUAUGCAUUGCCAAGACACAGAUCAUCAAAGUCUGUUUGACCUUGUUCGCAGAAUGCUGGAAUAUGACCCAGCCAAAAGAAUUACUCUUGAUGAAGCCUUGCAGCAUCCUUUCUUUGAUCCAUUAAAUAAAUAAAUUCAAAGAUCUUCUAUGCUUCUUCAAGGAGAUUUCCUAGACUGUGUCAGUCAGUCAGCAGAGGUUGCAUGAAACUUUUGUAAGCUUUAAAUUAUUUUGUACAGUUAAGUCUGUAAAUAAUUACCUAUGUUUUGUAUAACUGUUAUGUUUACCUUGUUGAGCAGUUGUAGUCUUAUGGGUAUCAAAGUGAAAAAUAAAAGUAAUUUUCAUUUUUGAAA